AUGGCUUAUGUCUAUAAACGAGGUCAUCGCAAGGAACGCGUCCAGUUUGACAAGAUCACUGCUAGAAUAUGGAAAUUAUCAUACGGCCUCGAUCAGAACUUCAUUGACCCUGUCGAGGUAACCCAGAAAGUUGUUGCAGGAGUUUACCAGGGAGUAACCACAGUGGAGCUUGAUAACCUGGCUGCCGAGACCGCUGCAUAUCUCACAACAAAACAUCCCGAUUACGCCGUUCUUGCCGCUCGCAUCGCAAUCUCUAAUCUACACAAGGAAACGAAGAAAAACUUUUCGCAGGUUAUCAGCGAUCUGUACCAUUAUGUUAACCCGAAGAACGGUAGACCAGCUGGUAUGAUAUCGCAGGAGACGUAUGAGGUUGUUCGCGACAACGCAGAGUUGCUGGACUCUGCGAUCAUCUACAACCGUGAUUUCAGCUACAACUAUUUCGGAUUCAAGACACUCGAACGCUCAUACCUCCUUCGCAUCAACGGUCGUGUCGCCGAACGCCCUCAGCACAUGAUCAUGCGUGUUGCUGUUGGCAUUCACGGUCGGGAUCUUGAGAAAGUCAUUGAAACAUACAAUCUGAUGUCCGAACGCUAUUUCACUCAUGCUUCGCCGACGUUAUUCAACGCCGGAACACCUAAUCCUCAGCUGAGCUCUUGCUUCCUAGUGUGCAUGAAAGACGAUUCCAUUGAAGGUAUUUAUGACACCCUCAAGAAUUGCGCUAUGAUCAGUAAGACGGCCGGCGGUAUCGGCAUCAACAUUCAUAACAUCCGUGCCACCGGAUCAUACAUUGCUGGCACAAAUGGUUACUCUAAUGGUAUUGUGCCCAUGCUCAGGGCUUACGAUGCUACCGCCCGCUAUGUUGAUCAAGGGGGAAACAAACGCCCGGGUGCAUUUGCCAUUUACCUCGAGCCAUGGCAUCCUGACGUCUUCGAGUUCCUCGAUCUCCGCAAAAACCACGGCAAGGAGGAGGCUCGUGCUCGUGAUCUUUUCUACGCUCUUUGGAUCCCUGAUCUUUUCAUGAAGCGAGUUGAGGCGAACGCAGAUUGGACCCUUUUCUGCCCCAGCGAAGCCCCUAAUCUCCAUGAAGUGUAUGGAACAGAAUUCGAGGAACUCUACGCCAAGUAUGAAAAAGAAGGCCGCGGACGCAAGACUGUUUCUGCUCAAAAAUUAUGGUACGCUAUUCUCGAAGCUCAAAUCGAGACAGGCGGCCCCUUCAUGGUCUACAAAGAUCACGCGAAUAACAAAUCAAACCAGAAGAACUUGGGCACGAUCAAGUCUUCCAAUCUCUGCACAGAGAUUCUCGAAUACUCCUCCCCUGACGAGACUGCUGUCUGCAAUCUUGCUUCUCUCGCCUUGCCAACUUUCAUAGUCAACGGUGAAUACGACUUCAAGAAGUUGCAUGAAGUCACCAAGGUUGUUACCUACAACUUGAACAAGAUUAUCGAUGUCAACUACUACCCCAUCCCCGAAGCUCGCCGUUCGAAUAUGCGCCAUCGCCCUAUCGGUGUUGGUGUACAAGGUCUUGCUGAUGCCUUCAUGGCUCUUCGUAUGCCAUUCGAUUCACCCGCCGCCAAGGAGCUCAACAUCAAAAUUUUCGAGACCAUAUACCACGGAGCUCUUGAGGCCAGUUCGGAACUCGCUGAGCGCGAUGGGCCAUAUGAGACUUGGAUGGGUAGCCCUGCUCAACAGGGCCAACUCCAGUACGACAUGUGGGGUGUUACUCCCACUGAUCUUUGGGACUGGGCAUCCUUGAAGGAGCGCAUCGCCAGGACCGGGUUGAGGAAUUCUCUUCUGCUCGCUCCCAUGCCUACUGCUUCCACCAGUCAGAUCUUGGGCAACAAUGAAUGCUUCGAGCCUUAUACCAGCAACAUCUAUACUCGCCGCGUUCUGGCUGGCGAGUUCCAGGUUGUUUGCCCAUGGCUUCUUCGUGAGCUUGUCGACCUCGGCCUCUGGGAUGACAACAUGAAGAACAUGAUCAUUGCCCACAACGGAUCCAUUCAGAACAUUCCCAACAUUCCCGACGACGUCAAGGCGAUCUACAAGACCGUUUGGGAGAUCAGUCAGAAGAAGGUUUUAGAUCUCGCUGCUGAUCGUGGUGCCUUCAUUUGCCAGAGUCAGAGCUUGAACGUCCAUCUCCAAUCCCCGACUCUUGGUCAACUGACCAGCAUGCACUUCUAUGGGUGGAAGAAGGGUUUGAAGACCGGCAUGUACUACCUUCGUACGAGACCCGCAGCUCAAGCUAUCCAGUUCACGGUCGACCAGAGCUUGCUUAAGGUCGCGAAGACCCAGACAUCGGACGCUUCCGCUCAGCGCGCCGCUGCCUCCACCACAGGCAGGCCCGCCAUCCGCUCGACAGGAAUUCCUACACCGACCUCGUCGCCAUCCCCCUCACGCUCUCUCGCAACUCCUCCACCUGUCAUCAAGCAGGAGCCUGUUACACCGUCUCCGCUCAAGUUCGAUCCUACUCCUGCACCCUUGCCAUCGGUCUCAGCGCCUGCCAUUACUCCCUCAUCAUCCACCGAGUCUACUGACACCGUUGUCGCCGAGGAUGACAAUAUCGCCAUCUCUCUCUCCGCCCUCUCUCUUGACGAAACACAGCGCAAGGCAGCUGAAGCUGACCCUGAAUACGCCGCUGCUCUGAUCCGCAAAUAUCAGCGUGACCUCGAGGAUGCUAAGCUACAGUGCUCGCUGGAAAACAAGGAAGCCUGCUUGAUGUGCUCUGGCUAA